AGGCUAGUACGUUCACAUUCACAACUGAUCGAUCAGUACGUAGAAAUAUAUAUACUGUAUCAAUUAUAUAUGGCUACCGAUAAUAAUCUUCACUUUGUCUUGUUUCCUCUAAUGGCUCAAGGCCAUAUGAUACCCAUGGUAGAUAUGGCCAGAAUACUAGCCCACCGUGGCGCCACAGUCUCCAUAGCCACCACUCCGCUUCUCGCAAAUCGUGUUAGAGGGAUCGUGACCCGAGCCAAACUCAAAAUCCAGCUGCUUGAACUUCCACUCCCAUUAGAUAAAGUUGGUUUGCCACAAGGGUUCGAAAGCCUUGAAAGUGUUCCACCAACUGACAUCAAGGUCAAGCUCUUCGAGGCCAUGGACUUGCUCCAACAACCCAUUGAGCAACUGUUUCGCGGACUAUGUCCUCCUCCUUCAUGUAUAAUCUCAGAUUCUCCUUUUACGUGGACUCAAGAUGUGGCUCGGAAGUUUAACAUCCCCCGGCUUGUUUUCUAUGGACCAGGGUGCUUCUGGCUCGUGUGCAAGCACCUUGUAUCCGCUACAAACAUUUUGGAACAGAUUGAGUCUGACUCAGAACGGUUUGUGAUUCCCGGCUUGCCUGACCGAAUUGAAGUUACUAAACUUCAAUUCUUGGGUACCUCCAAAACAAUAUCUGCUAAAGAGAAGUUGUUUAGGGACCGGUUUCAAAAAGCCGAGAGAGAUGCAUAUGGGAUUGUGGUUAAUAGUUUUAACGAGUUGGAACCCGAGUAUGCUCAAGAAUUAGCAAGGCUGAAACACAAGAAAGUAUGGUGUAUAGGCCCGGUUUCAUUAUGCAACAAAGAUAACAAGGAUUUAGCAGACAGGGGAAACCGGGCCGCGGUUAAUGAAUCCGACUGCUUGAAAUGGUUGGAUGCAAAGGAGCCGGGGUCUGUUAUCUAUGUUGGCUUGGGAAGUCUUGCCCAUGUUUCCUCACAACAAGGGAUUGAGCUCGGGUUAGGUCUCGAGGCCACUAACCGACCCUUCGUGUGGUGCAUAAGAAAAAAAACUGAAGAGCUAGAGAAGUGGUUUUCAGAAGAGGGGUUUGAAGAAAGGGUGAAAGACCGAGGGUUGAUAGUCCACGGUUGGGCCCCACAAGUGUUGAUAUUGUCACACCGGGCCGUUGGAGGCUUCUUAACACACUGUGGGUGGAACUCGACUCUAGAAUCUGUUUGUGCUGGAGUGCCUAUGGUUACAUGGCCACAUUUUGCGGACCAGUUUCUUAAUGAAGCCUUCAUAGUAGAUAUUCACAAGAUUGGAGUUGGGAUCGGUGUGGAGAUUCCGGAUGAAGAUAGCAUAGAAGCGUUGGUUAAGAAAGUGGAUGUGAAGGAGGCAGUAGAACGGUUAAUGAAUGAAGAUGAAGACGAAGCGAAACAGAGAAGGAAAAGAGUGACGGAGCUUGGCCAAAUGGCCAAGAGAGCAAUGGCUGAAGGGGGGUCUUCUUGUGUCAAUGUAACAUCGUUGAUUCAAGAUAUUAACUGUUUAAGCAGGAUUAAUAAACAAACAUGCCAGAAUGAACAUCAAUCACACAUUAGUUAAA